AUGAGAUGGAGAAGUUUGGUAGCCCUAUCAAUCGUGUCUGACAGCAAGGCAAGAUCAUCUAUGUCUGUUAUUCUUUAUGAUCUUUCUUUCUUUCUUUCUUUCUUUCUUUCUUUCUUUCUAUUGUUUCUUUCUUUCUAUCUUUCUAUCUUUAUUUUUUCUUUAUAUCUAUAUUUCUUUCUUUAUAUUUUUCUUUCUUUCCUUUUAUUUUUCAUUAUUUCUUUCUUUCUUUCUAGCAUUAUGAUCUUUCUUUGUUUCUGUCUUUCUUUAUAUUUUUCUUUAUUUCUUUCGUUCUUUCUUUCUUUCUUUCUAUCUAUCUUUCUUUCUUUUUUUAUUUAUAUCUAUAUUUCUUUCUUUAUAUUUUUAUUUCUUUCCUUUUAUUUUUCAUUCUUUCUUUCUUUAUAUCUAUCUUUCUUUCCUUUUUCUUUCCUUUUUCCUUCUUUCUUUCUUUCGUUCUUUCUUCCCUUUUUCUUUCUCUCUUUCCACGGUUUUUUCUUUCUAUUUAUAUCCAUCUUUCUUUCUAUUUUUAUUUCUUUCCUUUUUCGUUUCGUUUCCUUUCUUUCUUUCUUUCUUUCUUUCUUUCUUUCUUUCUUUCUUUCUUUGUGGGUUUGUCUUGAUCAACCUGACUUUUAA